AUGGCCAACGAUAGACGAGCAAUGUUUGCAGCUCCACACGUCGUCACGCAGAUGGCAGCUCAUCAGCCCCAUUUCGUGAACGAACCAGCAAAUGCUUAUUUUCAUGCAAUCGCCUCCAAUCAGCUAUCAUCACCUUUUGCUGUUGCAAGCAAAAAUAUCCUUGAAAAGACUCGAUUUCGUUCAUUCAAAAUCUCGAAACAGUCCACUUGUCGAAUGCAACUGCUGACUGUCAGUGAUUUUUAUGCGUGUACAACAGUCACGCCGUACAAUGAUAAUGCACACUUAGCGAGUGACGGCGCAAUGCAAUGCGAUUUCCAGUCCACGUCCAACUAUCAGUCAAUUGAAUGGAAACGAGGACGAUUCGAAGCUAGCAACGUGCAUCUGCUUGAAACAUUCGCCGCCUUGACGGGUCGAGCAAUAGGAUCUACUCCAGACAGAGAGUUUAUUUUUAUAGGCGAAACAUUGCCUCACACCGGAUAUGACGAAGCGAUUCUUAGAGCUGAUAUUCCAUGUCAAAUUGGCGAUGGCAGAUUGCUGUUUGAUUUCUGGAAGACUGAUCCGAACGUGCAAAUAAAAGUGUGUACACGGACUGAUGAAUUUCGAUCGUGCACUGAGAUGAUUCGUUACAAUGACAGUUCAACGGUCGACGUCGAUGUUAUAAAUCCCAAAAACUCAUCGUUCGCAAUUGAAAUCAUUGUGAGCAGUAUCACAGAACCAUCAGUGCUCAUUAUCGAUAAUUUGCGUUAUGAAGCAACUUACUGCACCAAGCAGCCAGAUUGGCGUUCACAAAGUGAACAUCAUUCGGAGGCAGCGCCCGACUGUCCAGUAAAAGAAACAGCCGAAAAUGGAACAAGUCUACCAAUUAAACGCUUAUCGGCAUGUCACAUUCUCAACUGUGAUUUCGAAUCCACUCUUUGUAAUUGGUACAACGCUGUGAAGGCGGACGAAACGGGAAGGUGA